AUGAACAAAAUCCAAUACGUCCGAUGGUAUGGUGUUCUCUGCAUCGUCUUGCUUUAUGGAGUUAAUAUCAUAGCAACCGAUGAUCAACCCAGUACCGUCGAAUGGUCAACGCGACUGGGGUCCGUCCGAGGCCUCAACAUCACAUCGGAUGAUGGAAACAUUUUCCAGUUCAGGAGAAUUCCAUUUGCUAAGCCACCAGUAGGAGAUCUUCGGUUCGAAAAACCUGAAGUACCAAAUGCAUGGGUCGGAACUCUCGACUGUACAUCAUACGGACACGCAUGCAUGCAAGCGGGAACUCGCACAUCUGAAGAUUGCUUGUAUCUUAAUGUAUAUGUACCAAAUAGCCUAGAUACAUCGGCUAAACGUGCAGUGAUGGUGUGGAUUCAUGGUGGUAGUUUCAUUUCCGGUAGUGGAUCAGAAACUGGUGGAUCAACUCUCGCGUUACAUGGCGAUGUAAUUGUCGUAACCAUUAACUACCGGCUGAACAUAUUUGGUUUCUUUAGCACGGGCGAUAAUACCACACAUGGUAAUUAUGGGUUGUGGGACCAGAUGCUGGCUCUCCGGUGGGUUAAAGAUAAUAUAGAAGACUACGGUGGCAAUCCGUCUUUAAUUACUAUAUUCGGUGAAUCCGCUGGAGGUGUCAGUGUUGGCCUUCAAGCUAUUAUUACCCAGAACAAAGAUGUGUUUCAGAGAGUCAUUGCUGAAAGUGGGUCAAGUGUUGGGCCCCGUGAUUCUGGAGUAGAAGCAAUGAAAGUAUUUUCUAAAGUUGUGGAUGAACUUGGAUGUUUCUCCGACACCUCUGCUUCUACCGUGAGAUGUUUACGUCAACAAAGCGCAGAACAACUUGUUACUGCGUUCUUUAAGGCAUUUGGCGUUGUGCAACAGUCUAGCUUUACCAUACUCUCAGCACUUGGCCCUACCAUAGACGGGGAACUCUUUCCCAAAGAUUUUGACGCAAUCUUAAGUGACCACGACAGUGAAGCGAUGCAAUUCUUCCGAAGUGUUGAUUAUUUGGCUGGAAUGAACUCGGCAGACGGGGGGCUGUUUUACUUUGAUCUCACCCGUUAUCAAAAAGAAUUUCCGACGAUAAAUUUCACAGAAGAAAUACCGGCCAGUAUUUUACGUGAUCAUGUCGUACCAAAUCUUGUUCUUCAACUGUAUGACAACUGUGUUGACAUUUAUACGUCAGCGUGUGAUCAAUAUGUAACACCCGUACUCAACGAUGACAUUGAGACUCAAACUUCAAGCGCCGAAAACCUCUAUGCUGAUGUCGAUUACUACAGUCCGGCCGUCCGGUCUCUAGACGCCCACAUUGGAAGCGACAGUAAAACAUAUCAAUACUUUUUCUCAUACGAGCCUCGCUGGGGACCUGUACAUCCCAGACCAUUGUGGCUGCACGGAGCAAAUCAUGCUGACGAGCUUGCUUUUGUGUUCGGUCUGAACGAACUAUAUCCUAGCAAUGUACCACAUGGCGACGAAGAACUGGCGAUAUCUAAGAGAGUGAUGACUUACUGGACAAACUUCGCAAAAACUGGAGAUCCAAACGGCAAUGAUACCAGCCUUCUGGAAUGGCCUCCAUACAAACUUCCCAGCAAGCCUUAUCUGAACAUAUCAGUAACGGACACUGUGGGACAAGCUCUGUUCACCGAUCGAAUGGAAUUCUGGAACAAACACGUGCCAAAACAGCUGAUACAAUGUCAGGAGAUAAAUGGCCUCGGCAUUAAUAUCCUUCCGACUAUGGAGUUCAUACUACGUAUCUUUAUUGUCUGUAUGACAGUGCACACAGUGACAAGUUCAGACGUAUCUACAGAUGGCAUCGUCAACAUUACAUAUGGAGCCAUCCAAGGCAAGAGAGUGACUAUUGGGAACGAAACAGUGUAUCAGUUUCUGAAAUUACCAUUUGCCAAACCACCGAUUGGGAAUUUACGAUUCCAGAAACCACAGACACCGGAUUCAUGGACUGGAAUACUCGAUGCAAGCCAUCACGGACCCCCGUGUAUGCAACUGUUAAGUAGACGUUACGCGAAUAUGCUGGAAAAUAACGUUGUCUCUGAAGACUGCCUUUAUUUAAACGUUUACGUCCCAGGUGGGAUAAAUAUAACAGCUAAUCUCUCAGUGAUGGUUUACAUACAUGGUGGAGGAUACAAGACAAAGACGGCGUCGCUAUAUGAUGGCUCAUUCCUGGCUCUACACGGCAAUGUUAUCGUUGUUAUCACAAACUAUCGCCUCGGAUUCUUCGGCUUUCUCAGCACAGAAGACGAGUCAGCGACAGGAAAUUACGGUCUCUGGGAUCAGAUUUAUGCACUUCGUUGGGUACAGGAGAACAUUGAAUUAUUCGGGGGAAAUCCUGCACAGGUGACAGUGUUCGGCCAUUCGGCUGGCGGUUAUAGCAUUGGCUUACUUCUGUUGUCGACACAAACCAAAGAUCUUUUCCGGAGAGCUAUCCCAAUGAGCGGAUUCGGGUUGAGUCCUAGGGCAAUUACACAUAAUCCUAGGAACGCAGCACUAAGACUUGCAGCUAAACUUGGUUGCGUCCCUUCAGGUGGAUCACCAAGUGAUAUGACUACGCUGGUAGACUGCAUGAGAAACCAAAAUGCAUCUGCACUACUCCAAGGACAGAAUCUGAUCGUGGCAGAAGAUUCGUCGAGUCCUCAAUUUAUCAUGCGACCGGCACCUGUAAUUGAUGGUGAAAUACUGGUUGACUGGCCCCGUAGUAUUAUGUAUGACCAAGAGUCGGAUGGAAGUAGACGAUUCUUGUCAGCUGACUACAUGGCGGGAACAAAUAGCGCUGACGGAGGUUUGAUAAGGUCAUAUUUGAAAGUCAUUCAAACUCAGUAUAAUUUUUCGCUCUCAGAUGGAGCACCAACAAGCGCACUGUGUGAAUCCAUUGCACCUGCACUUGCACGUGAUUAUUACGGUUCCAGCGUCAACGUUUCUGACGCCAUAUGUAUGAAUUACACUUCGAAUGGCACAUUGGCAGACCAGGCACGACGUCUGGUGGGCGUAUUUGGUGACAUGAUGUACGACAGCCGGGCCGUAGAAACCUUAACACGUCAUAUUGUAGGAAAUUGUCAGUCGUACCAAUUCGUCUUAUCCCAUAAGUCUUCGUUUGUGACGACCCCGGGUCUGCCCAUCUGGUUGAAAGGAGCCUACCAUGGCGAUGAACUUGUCUAUAUAUUUGGAAUGCCUUUAUACAACUUUUCCAGUGCUGAGAGGUCACUAAGUGAAGCCAUGAUGACUUAUUUGACGAACUUUGCUAAAUUUGGAGAUCCAAAUGGGCCCAAUGCUGUAUCUCUAUCACUCCCACUAUGGCCACAAUUUGACCAGGGACGAGCACGCUACAUGGACUUUGACCUCAGCCUUACAGUCAAGGAACACCUCCACAGGGACAUGGUGAAAUUUUGGCUGGAUUCGAUCCCAGGUCUUAACAAAACCAGUGGGGGCGCAGUAUCUAUGGCGACAGUGCCAUGUCCUCGCCUGUGGUUAACGCUGUUAUCCUGUUUAGUGAUCUGUUUAGGUUUGUACAUAUAG